UUGGGGCCCCGCCACUUCCGCCAGUCUCUGGGACGUCCCAGGGAAGCUUGGGCGCAUUGCCUUGGGCGCUGAGCAUCUGGUAAGUCCCUCUUCACAUCCUGCCACUAUUCCACCUGGUGUGGCGGCGGCGAUGAGAUUGGUCUCUUUCCCUCCUUGGAGCAAAAGCAGUGAUCCCUAGGAUGGUGGUGAGUUUGGGGUCGCACUUCCUCCGGGAUGGGACUGAAACUCAGAAGACUGGCACCCCAGUGACUGGUGCACCAAUGCCUGAGAGGGAUGCAGUGCUCGGGAGAGGGUAUUGACAAACAUGGGUAGAAGCCCCCACUCCACGAUGGCCCUUGCUCAGCCUCCUUCUUCCUUCACGAGACAGCCCAGUCUCCGGGCCAGGAGAGGGAGGGGUCCAGCGGGCGUCUUGAAGCAGCUCGGGUGGAUUCCCAACUUACAGCCAUCUCGGUCCCAAGGUGCCCUAAAGGGCAUCAGAUUGGCUGACAACCGGGGAGACCCUAGUUCCAGCCAGGCUAGGGGAUCUUGGCCGUCCUUACCCCUUCUUCAGGUACCUGGACCCUGUGGGCUGCGGAACGUUGAGAACCCGUGUGCCCUUCAGAGAGCCUGGCCCCGGCCCAGGGGACGUACUUCAUCUUGGUUCCCUUCCCUCCUGGAUGAUCUUGGAAGGCUGGGAUCACGAGGAAGGCGUGGGCCGAAAAUGACUUCAUCUGCUUGGGGAAACUGAGGCCUCCAUUCAGCCCCACCCUGCCCUUCUUCUCUGCAGACCCUCUGGGCACCGCAGCCCGCACCCCUGGCAGAUGAGACCAUGACACACAUGUUGGCAGGAGGCCAGGGUCUCAGAGACUCACGGACGGGGUCCCACGGGUUUUCACUGUACAGAUGGGGAAACUGAGGCCUGGCCACCCAGGAAGAGACAAGAGGACCCAGAGAGGUUUGGCUACCAUCGAAUGUCACGGGGCCAGCCAGGGCUGAGAUGGCAGUUUGCCCUGAUCCUGCUGGUCGCCGCCUCUUGGGGACCCUGUGCUCCCUCAGACCCUGCCUCUUCCCGCCGCUUCUGUUUUUGCUGUGGACUCUCCUGAGCUGUGAUGUCAGGGGUGCUGCUCAGGGUCCCGGAGAGUGGACGCCCUGGGGGUCUUGGAGCAGGUGUUCCAGCUCGUGUGGUCGGGGCGUCUCAGUGCGCAGACGCCACUGCGUCCGACUUCCCGGGGAGGAACUUUGCUGGGGGGACAGCCAUGAAUACCGGGUGUGCCAGCUGCCGGACUGCCCGCCAGGGGCCAUACCAUUCCGAGACCUGCAGUGUUCUCUCUACAAUGGCUACCCUGUCCUGGGCACCCAGAAAACUUACCAAUGGGUGCCCUUCCACGGGGCGCCCAACGUGUGUGACCUCAACUGCCUGGCUGAAGGCCACGCCUUCUACCACAGCUUUGGCCGCGUGCUGGAUGGCACCCCUUGCACCCUGGGGACUCAGGGUCUCUGCGUGGCAGGCCGCUGUCUGAGCGCAGGCUGUGACGGGCUACUGGGCUCCGGCACCCUCGAGGACCGCUGCGGCCUCUGUGGUGGCGCCAACGACUCUUGCCUGUUCGUGCAGCGCGUGUUCCGCGACGCCGGUGCCUUCGCCGGCUACUGGAACGUGACUUUGAUCCCCGAGGGCGCCAGGCACAUCCGCGUAGCACAGCGCAGCCACAACCAUCUGGCGCUGAUGACCGGUGAUGGGCACUACGUGCUUAACGGUGACGGGGUGCUCAGCCAGCCUGGCAUCUAUGAGGCCGUGGGCACCCGCGUGGUUUACACCCGCAGUGCCGGCCUGGAGGAGACUCUGCAGGCGACCGGGCCCACCUCCCAGGAGCUGUUGUUGCAGGUGCUGCUGCGGGAGCCCAACCCAGGGGUGCACUUCGAGUUCUGGCUGCCCCGGGAGCGCUAUGGCCCCUUCCAGACUCAGGUGCAGGCCCUGGGCUGGCCCCUGCGACAGCCUCAGCCUCGGGAAGUGGAGCGGCAGCCUGAAGAGACCCCUGUGGUCCCCGAGGCCAUCCCUGCCCGGGUUGCAUCCCUGGCACCAGAUCCCUGCGGGCCAUGCCCUGACAGCCGUGGUCGCGCACACCGGCUCCUUCACUACUGCGGCAGCGACUUUGUGUUCCAGGCCCGUGUGCUAGGCCGCCACCGCCAGGCCCAGGAGACCCGCUACGAGGUGCGGGCCCUGCUCGUCUACAAAAGCCGCACGCCUCUGCGAUCUCGAGAGUAUGUGUGGGCACCGGGCCACUGUCCAUGUCCACCACUGGCUCCACAUCGAGAAUACCUGUUGGCUGUCAGGAGACUCGUCAGCCCUGAUGGCACACAGGACCGGCUACUGCUGCCUCACGCUGGCUAUGCUCGACUCUGGAGUCCUGCCGAGGACAGCCGGGUCCGACUGGCUGCCCGGCGCUGUCCAGUCUAAAUCCUCGGUGGUUGGAGCCUCACCAGGCUCCUGUUCUGGGGUCCCAUGAUUCAGGAAAAUCUCCCACCUGGAAGUUCAUAUAUUUUAACCAGGGUCUUCCUAUGCAUACAACCCUGGCUGGCCUGGAACUCUGUGUAGACCAGGUUGGCCCUGAAGUCACAGAGCUCCAUCUGUCUGUCUCUCCAGUGAACGCUAGGAUUAAAGGUGCACUCCAUAUCUGAGAACUUGAAGGAGCUUCAAGACCCUGGGCUACCUUUCAUCUAAACAACGCAUGUUCGCCCCUUUUCAAACUACGAUUUCAUUUUUACAAGACCGGGGGGAAAAGAAAAAAUCCCUCCCCUCUCACUGACUCUCGGGACUCCAGGACACCCUAGCAGAGUGGCAGGCACUGUGCACAGACACAGCAUCUCCGUCCUUUCCUGGUCGGCCCGACACCCAGUGCAGAGCAGCACAGGAAGCCUGAGAGGUUGGGGUACACGCAGGAACCAAUGUGUGCCCUGCUCAGUCCUCUAUGCUAUGGGCUCAUUUCGGUCUCCCUAUACCAUGUGUCUGUCGUACAGUCACUCAGCAAACCACCCCCAGUGGAUGUCCCUUCAGGCUAUCCUCUGGGUCCUGAAUCCGUCACGUGGUCCAGCCAGCUGUCUCCCCCUUCUGCCUAGGCUCUCACAUCUGCUAGCUCUGACUUAGCCCUCGGGUAAAUGUUGAGCACCGACUCAGCGAGUCCCAGGGCGGUGCAGUGCUGUGCCGGGAUAAGCAGGGGUCACUUUGUCUAACAGGGCUUUCUAAGGUUGUCUUUUAUGGCACUGGGGUGUGGAGAGAACCAAAAAUCUUCCCCCAAACCCCACACAGUGUAGCUCCAUUCUACAGGGAUCUGUGGAGUCCUUGCGCCCCCUGGUGGCUGGCCAUGGAUUCCCAGGUUGGGAGAUGAUCUGCAAGGGGCCAGCUGUAGCAGGCUUUGGGAACCUCAGCCACCUACAAUGGCUGGCCACUGUGACACUAGAGACCAGGACAGGGUCAUCCCUGACGGGGUCCCUGUGCUGAGCCUGACGCACAUGGUGGGAGUAGUAGCAGAAGCACAGCAUAGGAAAGACAUAGGAGGUUGGUCCCACUGUGGUGAAGGUGUUGGGCUCUCCCAAGCCAGGAGCUGUCCCAUGAGGCCCGGACAUAUUAAGAUUUAAUUUGGGGCUGGAGAGAUGGCUCAGUGCUUAGAGCACUGACUGCUCU